CGCGAGAGCGGCGGGCGGCGGCGGGAGGAGGCGCAGGCGCGCUGCUCGCCCGUCUGCAGCCCCGCGCCCAGCGCCGCGUCUCGGGGAGUUGAUGGCAGCACCACGGUGCGGCCGCCCUGCCGAGCGCCGAGCGCAGCCACCCGCCGCUGCCCGGGGAGCGUCCAAGAUGCGGGGGGCUCGUGGCGGCAGUGGCCGCAGCAGCGCCAGGGACGGGGGCGCGCAGCAGCCUCCGCUCGCCCGCCUGUGCUGACCUGCCUCGCCUGCCCCCAGAGAAUGUCAGCCAAGUCCAAGGGGACCCCCUCCUCGUCCUGUCCAGCCGAGGGACCGCCGGCAGCCUCCAAAACCAAGGUGAAGGAACAGAUCAAGAUCAUCGUGGAGGAUCUGGAAUUAGUACUGGGCGACUUGAAGGACGUGGCCAAGGAACUUAAGGAGGUGGUUGACCAGAUUGAUACCCUGACCUCUGACCUACAGCUGGAGGAUGAGAUGACCGACAGCUCCAAGACGGACACCCUGAAUAGUAGCUCCAGCGGCACGACGGCCUCCAGCAUAGAGAAGAUCAAAGUGCAGGCCAAUGCCCCUCUCAUUAAACCCCCCGCACACCCCUCUGCUAUCCUCACCGUCCUGAGAAAGCCAAACCCUCCGCCGCCUCCCCCACGGUUGACACCUGUGAAGUGUGACGACCCCCAAAGAGUGGUGCCAGCCGUCAAUCCUCUAAAGACCAAUGGAACCCUUCUGCGAAACGGAGGCUUGCCAGGGCCGCCGAACAAAAUUCCCAACGGAGAUGUCUGCUGCAUCCCCCCCGGUAACUUGGACAAGGCUCCAGCACAGCCUCUGAUGCACAGACCUGAAAAAGACAGGUGUCUCCAGGCAGGACCUCGGGAACGAGUUCGGUUUAAUGAGAAAGUGCAGUACCAUGGCUACUGUCCGGACUGCGACCCCCGGUAUAACAUAAAAAACAGGGAGGUCCACUUACACAGCGAACCUGUCCACCCACCGGGAAAGCUUCCUCACCCAGGCCCCCCGCUUCCUCCUCCACCCCAUCUCCCUCCUUUCCCCCUAGAGAAUGGGGGACUGGGAAUAAGCCACAGUCACAGCUUCCCCCCUCUCAGACCUGCAACUGUGCCUCCUUCCACUGCACCAAAACCACAGAAGACGAUCUUGAGGAAAUCAACCACUACCACAGUGUGAUGUAUGCCAUUUCAAAAACUUUUUGUGCUUUUUUUUUUACUUUCUAUAUUAUAAACAUAAAAUAAUAAGUAAGGAGCACUUUCUACUCAAGCAAUAAAAAGCCCAAAUAUAUUAAUUCUGCAUUCAGCAAAGUGGCAUAAAAAAAACACCUGGUCCUUCAGGUUGGAAGGAAUAUCUUUAUUUGGAGGCAUGUCAGCUCAUUUUUCUCACUUCAGAUUCAUCAAUAUGACUUCUUGAGGCCAGAACGAAUUUUGAAGUAACCAGGAACCUGUCCAUCUUAAAGCAUCAAAUCCCUCAACUUUGGAGCACAAAAGAUCACUGAUAUGGUCUGCAUAAAAUCAUCUGCCUCAGUCUGACAGCCAUGAGCAGAACCCUGGGGGCAAAAAAAAAAAAAAAAAAAAAGAAAAGCCACAGCCUUAACUCUUCACUCUGAAAUUACCAAGACAAUUAAAAAAAAAAAAAAAAAUGAAAGGAACUAAACAAGCAAGCCAACACCACCACCACCACCAACAAAAAACAAACACAACCCAUUUUAUUUCACCUUGGAAAAAAUAUUCCCAGAUGUGAGCCUGAAAAAAUUUAUAUUCAGCAAUUAAAGCUAGAAAAUUGUAAGUUGACUUAUCAUUUGGGAAGGUGAAAGUAUAGAGAUAGGAGGUAUCUCUAGCUAGAAUUAUUUAGCAUUUUAAAACAAGUAGACAAAAACAAUGAACAGAGGAGCACGUCAGCAAGGAACAGUAUUAGGACAGAAUGUUGCUGUCUGCAGAGAGGAUGUCUGCCAUCUUGUGUACACCCUCAAAGCCAUAAUGGAAUAAAAGCAUUGUCGUUGAUUGCUUGAAAAGUUUCUGCAUUCACUCCUUCACUCCAUAUUAAGAGAGGGGGGAGACCAGUUCUUACUGAUUACUUCUCAAUGCACUUCUAAUAUUUGCACUGUCACGUCCAUUCAGGGUAAUGAUGUGUGCCGUUAUUUGCACAGAUGGUCCCAUGAGUUUUGCGGCCAUAAGCGGUUACAUGCACGAGUCCAAAAAGGAAACAUUUCAAAAUUCUCCAGACAUUGGUUUCUCUUUCUUCUGUAAAGAUCAGUUAUCUUAUUAAAAAAAAAAAAACAAAAAAAAAACAAAAAAACAUGGACUUGUCUCAGAUUAAAAAACUACAGAAUAAUAAUGAAAAAGCAUCAGUGUGGUCAAAGGAAUGAAGAAGGGAUCAAAAGUUUAUUUUUGGUUUUGGUUUUGUUUUUUUAGUGAAGAUCAUUUUUAUCAUAAGCAGCCAAGAAGUCAGAUACAGUGAACUACACACUAAACAUUUGUGUUGAACAUCUAUUUGUUCUCUUAAUUAAAGAAAUCAUUUGUAAUUUGUAUUUGACAUAUAACAGUUUUUUAUAGCCAUUUAUCUAUGCUUCAUGGGAAAAUGUACCAAACAGCAUUUUCAGUUUAUUUUUCUAAAUAAAUGUGUUGUUUGUAUUA